GUGUCGCUGUGUAUCGUUCGAUCGGCCGUUAGAACAACGUUCCCUUAAACUUGAUCGCGAUUUCCUGCCGGGGUAUUUGUUAUUCAAGUGCCGUCCGUCAUACCGUGAACUUCGAAGAGUUUUCAAGUUUAAUCGUAAUGGAUUACCCUCGUAAUAACAGCGAAAAAGUUCGGCGUGAGACGUCUUAAAUUGUUCGUACGAGUUGUGAUCGUACUACCAAAGGUGCCGGAAAGAAACAGAGAGGAUCUUCAGGAUCGAUCGAUAAUCUUCGUCCUAAUCUCGUGGACAGGAAGUGGUCGGGAAGGAUCGUGAAUGGACCCUUCCUCGUGGACGUUGACGCGCUAUUGGUUCCACAUCAUCUAACAUCCACGCAACCAGUCCUUUUGCAAUUUUCUGUGAUGCUAAAAGUAAAUUCAGAUUUUUUCAACCCUCAGUCCCACCCGCUCAUCGCAGACUCGAAGAUGUGCCAAAAAAACGAUGGCUGUGAUUACAUCGUCAGCCCCCAUAAUCCCCAUUGUCCAGCUUACGACGAGGCCUACAAGGAGUCCUUGGAGAAUCCGGAGAAAUUUUGGGGCGAAGUGGGGCAGUGCGUCGAAUGGAGUAAACCUUGGACGAGAGUCUUGAAUAAUUCCAAUCCUCCGUUUACGAAAUGGUUCGUCGGUGGAGAGUUGAACGCUUGUUACAACGCGGUGGAUCGCCACGUUCUCGCGGGAAACGGGAACAAAACAGCGUUGAUCCACGACAGUCCCCAAAUACCAACGGUUCGAAAAGUAACCUACAACGAGCUGCUGGAGAAGACGUCCUUGCUGGCUGGCGCGUUGGCUGACAUGGGCGUCCGCAGAGGCGACGUGGUGGUCAUCUACAUGCCGUUGAUUCCUGAAACCAUAAUAGCGAUUUUAGCGACGACGCGUCUCGGUGCCGUUCAUUCGAUAGUAUUUGGCGGAUUCGCAUCGAAUGAAUUAGCAAGUAGAAUAAACCACGCGAAGCCGAAGGUGUUGAUCGCGGCUAGCUGUGGCCUGGAACCGUCCAAGAUCAUUCAGUAUACCGCGAUGCUAAACGGCGCCUUGAACAUCAUCUCAGUACCAAAACCACAGUGCAUCAUAUUUCAGAGGAGAGAGGUAUGGGAGAGUCCUCUGAUAGAGGGUCAAUUCGACUGGGACGAUGUGUUGAAAAGGGCGAAACCGCACCCUUGUCAACCAGUCGAAGCGAACGAGCCGUUGUAUAUCAUGUACACAUCGGGAACAGCAGGCCAACCGAAAGGGAUUCUAAGGACGAUCGGUGGUCAUCUGGUAUCCGUCUGCUGGACGAUGAAUACAGUUUAUGGCAUGAACAAGGACUCCGUUUGGUGGGUGGCCUCUGAUAUGGGAUGGGUCGUCGGUCACUCUUACAUUUGUUACGGGCCUCUUCUUUUCGGUGCGACUAGCGUGAUGUACGAGGGAAAGCCUGAUAGGACACCAGACGCAGCUCAAUACUUCAGGGUGAUAGAACAGCACAAUGUGAACGCAUUGUUUUGCGUGCCCACUGCUCUACGAGUCAUAAGACGUGCCGAUUCAGAGCUGACGUUGGGUCGGAAAUAUUCAACGAAAUCGUUGAAGACCAUAUUCGUGGCUGGAGAGUUCUGCGACUACGAGACGAAGCUCUGGGCGGAGAAGGCGUUCAGAGUGCCGAUCCUGAACAACUGGUGGCAAUCGGAAACCGGUCAUCCCAUCACGGCGUUGUGUUUAGGAUACGGUCACAACCCCAGUUUACCGAAAAAUAGCACUGGCGUACCGAUUCCUGGUUACCAGAUCGACAUUUUACAAGACGAUGGUAGCAAGACCGCAGUCCACGAGCUAGGCAGAAUCGCUGUUAAAUUACCGUUGCCACCUGGCUGCGCGUCGACUCUUUAUCAAGCUGACGAAAGAUUCAAAGAGAUCUAUUUCUCGAGGCAUCCGGGUUAUUACGACACUAUGGACGUUGGCUACAAAGACGAAUACGGAUACAUUUACGUGAUGGCACGCGACGACGACGUCAUCAACGUCGCAGGCCACAGAUUGUCCACGGCAGCCCUAGAAGACAUCGUCAUGGGACACCCCGACGUCGUGGACUCUGCUGUCGUGGGUGUACCAGACUCUACUAAAGGAGAAGUUCCUUUGUGCCUUUAUAUAAUGAGACCUGAAACGACGAAGAACGAAAAGGAAAUCAACGAUGAACUGGUUUUCCGCGUGAGAUCGUUAAUUGGACCCGUGGCAUCGUUCAGGAUAGCCGCGGCUGUAAGAGCACUGCCGCGGACGCGUUCAGGAAAGAUAAUUCGCAAGUCUAUCGCCACUUUGGCUCGUUCGAAGCUCGUCAAGAUUUCAAGCACGAUAGAGGAUCCGUCGGUGUAUCGCGAGAUAAAAGAAGUACUCCAGAAACUGGGAUAUGCCAAACUAGCGCCGGAUCCUCAAUGAUAAGUCUAGUUAAGAUUUUACCAUUUUUAUUGUAAACUAUUAGUAAUCGCAUGUCAAAUGUAAUAAACCCAUAUACGAUAUAUGUAUAGCCGACACCCAUUGGAGAGUACUUGAGAACGACGCGUCGAAAAAUCGCGUUUCACAGUUAUGUAUAUUUAUAAAUUGCACUGCAACUAUAACAUAUAUAUAUAUAUAAACCGGUC